UUUUUCACAAAAUGUGAUAUAAUGUUCAGGAAUGUCAAGGAACUUUGACAGUGAGGUAUAUUCAGGUAGAUCUGUUCAUCAUAAUGUGAAAGUAGUGAUUUUUACUUGAUCAAGAAUGAGUAAUAAUCAAGAUUUUAAAAUAAUAUAAAGCAAUUGAUGAGGAAAUUAUCUGAAAAUAGUGCUUAAAAUGCUGCAAUAAUUGCAUCUUUACCCCUGUCUUUUCUUCCUUCCCUGAUGUUUUUAACUAGGAAUGGGGAAAAGAGGGGGCUGGGCUACUGCAGUGAAGAAAGUUUUUGGAUGCCAAACAGGAGGGAUAAGAGGAAAGAAAAUCAGUAAAUCAGAAAAACAGUUGGGGAGGCGGAGGAGCAUAGAUUCAGACGCUUCCAGUACAGAAGAUGCUGUGGUUGUUCGGGCAGCCCAUUCUCCCACAAGGGACGUGAAGUUGACGGAAGUUGACAACCAACAGAAUCAGCAUGCUUACAAUGUUGCUCUUGCGACUGCUGCAGCUGCUGAGGCGGCAGCUGCAGCUGCAGCUCGUGCUGCUGCAGAAGUUGCCCGGCUCGCUGUAGCUGCCCGUAGUUUGGGUAAAACGAAAGAAGAGCUAGCUGCUAUCAAGAUUCAGACAGCAUACCGAGGGUACUUGGCAAGGAGAGCAUUGAGGGCUUUGAGAGGUCUUGUGAGGCUAAAAUCAUUGGUCGGAGGCCACUCUGUGAAACGCCAGUCUGUGACUACCUUGAAAUGUAUGCAGACGCUGGCUCGUGUGCAAUCCGAGGUUCGUUCAAGGAGAAUCAGAAUGUCAGAAGAGAACUCAGCUCUUCAGCGACAAAUUCAGCAGAAACGUGAGAAGGAGCUUCAGAAGCCGAGUGUAUCUGUUGGAGAGAAUUGGAAUGAUAGCACACAGUCCAAAGAGAAGAUUGAAGCAAAUAUUCAUCACAGGCAAGAAGCCGCUAGCAGAAGGGAACGUGCAUUGGCUUAUGCAUAUUCACAUCAGCAAACAUGGAGGGGCUCCUCAAACUCUGCAACCCAAACAUUCAUGGACCCAAGAAAUCCUCAAUGGGGCUGGAGUUGGUUAGAGCGAUGGAUGGCUUCCCGGCCAUGGGAAAACUUAAAUGCCACUGACAAAGAACUAAACAGUGACCAUGUUUCCGUAAAGAGUGCCAAAAGCCGUUCCAUUUCCAGUCGACUAGACACCAAAUUGCAGUCUCCAACAGCCCGGAAACUGAGCCAACCUUCCACCAGGCAAUCACCUUCGACUCCUGACUCGAAAGCUGCACGUAAGGUAAGGCCAGCAAGCCUCGGAAAUGGCAUGGACGACGAUUCCAAGAGUGUGAAAAGUGCUCAAUCAGAUCGUUGCCGGAGGCACAGCACUGCAGGCUCAUCAGUGAGAGAUGACGAGAGCCUUGCAAGUUCACCUGCUGGUGUUCCAAGUUACAUGGCUUCCACAGAGUCCGCAAGAGCUAGAUCUCGGCCAAGCCCACUCGGAUCAGCAGAAAGAGUUGGGACGCCCGAGAAAGCAGCAUCAGGUGGUUCUGCAAAGAAACGUCUGUCUUUCUCCGGUUCUCCUACCGGCCCCAGGCGGCAUUCCAGUCCAGCAAAAACUGUUAUUAGUCCUGCUAAGGACGCUACCAAGAACCCACAAUAGAUUUAACCGUUACAAUGCUUCUAAUCCUAGUAAAGCAAAUUGAGAAAGUGAAUUGGUUAAAGUUGAUACGUUUUUUCUGACUCGGGUUUUUCUUCUUCCUCCGACAAAUUACAACCGUUUGUUCAUAGGUUAUGUUGUUUGUUACAAAACCGGAGACUGGCCACCUGGUAUUGAGAGUGUUCAUUGGAGUGGUUUGGAUUUUUGUUUCACGUUUCUCUUUUGUGCAAACUGUGGCUUAAGAGGUUGUUCAUAUUCUUACCUGUUGUAACUGAAGUCAUUUGUGCUGUGUUGUAUGUUUUAUCCAAGGUUUCGUGUUACUAGAUUCUUAUA